AUGUUUAAACGCCCCCCCCAAAAUAAGUGUCGUAAUUUUGAUACUUUGAGGGUACUUUUUCCUGAUGAAUUGAUAAAUUCUGGAGAAUAUUAUUUUAAAGGUGGAUCGCUCAAGAGAUACUGCCCUAAAUCUAGAAGCUGCGAAAACGAUGUCGAUAAAAUUAAUAGUUAUUGCUUAUGGUUAUUUAAUCAAUUAUAUAAUGAUAGUAUAGCUUUUUCGAAUAAUGAAGAUGACAAUAUGUAUAUUGUUACAUACAUUUUGGCGUGGUUAAGUUAUAAGUUAAAUCAAAAAACAGAAAACGGAAUCACUAAAUUAAUGGAUUUUUAUAAUAAUCAUAUGCAAAAUGUCAAGGAGUAUAACACGCCUAUAGAAAAUGAUACGCAAUAUAAAACUUAUAUUGAUCUUAUAAAUAAAAAUAAGGAAUUGAUGAAUAUUGAUAUUAAGCAUAUGUCUAAAUUGUAUGAUGCAUUUAAAAAUUUGUGUAAAAUGUAUAAUGAACUUUCAAAGGUGAAGAAUAAAGGCGCGGAAUAUUUAAAAUAUGUUGAAAAUUUUGCUAAAAAUUAUAAUGAUCUUAUUAAUGAAAAUUUUAAUGAUACAAACGAUAAUUUAUUUAAACAAGUAUUGUAUGUUGCAUUAAACGAUUAUAAUUAUAUAAAAAGUACAUCAAAUGUUGAAUCUAUAAGGAAUAAAUUUCCAGAACUUACAAAUGAAAAAAAAGCAACACACGUUUCUACAAUUUCUAAAGAAUCACAAAUGAAUGACUCCUCGAGUGAAAUACAAGUACCAAGUUCUGGUACUAAAGUAUCAGAAUCUGAAACUGAUGUAUUAACAUUUAAACCUGAAGUAUCAGAAUCCGAAACGACACUAUCAAGUUCAUUGGUAUCAAAUAAAUUAAUUAUAGUUUUAUCGAUAUUAGUUGCAACACCAAUUUUUUUUGGAAUUUCUUAUAAGUAUUCGUUAUUUGGAUUUCGGAAACGAUCUCAAAAACAACACUUAAGAGAAAAGCUAAAAAAAUAA